AUAAAAACAAUGGGAGGUGGCAAUUUCCGUCAUCGUACAAGUAAGAAGGGAGCAGCGAAAUUUAAUUCAGGAUCAGCAUGUGAAAGCAACCCAACGAGAAGCAAGCAUCGCGCCGCUGCCAAUGCCGCUAGAAAUGCUUCUUUCGGCGGAGCCGGCAUGCUUGCCGUCGAGGAUCGUCUCAUGAACACCGCCGCCGCCGACGAUAUGCUGCUCUCGGCUCUUCCGAUUCAUUCGAUGGAUAUCGGCUCUUCGUCGAAAAGCAUGGUUUCCGAGGGAGGCUUGUCUAAGCUCUCCGGAUUCACGGCUUGCACAAAUCCUGCGUUUGAUUCUGUCAAUCGGGUCUGGAAAUCUGGGUCCUCUAUUCAAGCAGAGGUUGUCUCGGUUUUGGCAGCAAUCGCUGAAGUCAUCAAAGAGCGGGAUGGCAAAGAAUCCGACGUUGAGUACUGUGCGGCUCUGAUGACCGCGCUGGAAGGAUCCUCGCUGGGAAAUCCCAGAAGAACGGCAGCAAUCGCUUAUCUGCUUCAUCUGAUUGUGAGAAAGGUGCCGAAAGAGGUGCUUCAAGCUCAGUUUCACAGAUUUGUGCAGAUUCUCUACACAAAACUCCUAGAAAACGUCGAUAGCACCGAAGGAUCCGCGUUGAAAAACCUCAUUUCAGUGCUCGGAAUCAUCCUCCGUGCCCAGCAAGCGUCCGUCUGGUCCAGCGCCAAUACGCGGAAUAUGCUCGUCUCUGUGGCUGCUCUGGCGGCUCACGACAAGCCGUGGGUCCGUACGAUGGCUCGUCGUGUGAUCCGGGCGGUUCUUACCGAUCCGGUUACUGCGACGGAUAACGGGUUGCAUCCGGCGAGCGGAGCAGUUGGACAACUGAUUUUGAAUCAUAUUGAAAGCUUUUUGGGCCGCUCGAGCGCUGACAACACCAAUGUCGUCAGAUUCCUCUGUCUCCUCGAAGGUGUCAUGCACAAAAUGCCGGCUGUGCUCUUCAAGAAAAUGGCUGAAGCAAUGCUGAAAUGCUUCGCAAUCUCCGACUCAAUGGUCAAAUGCUCGGCUCUUCAAUGUCUCCAUCGUGCUCUUCAGCGUCAGCCAUGCGAUUCGGCUCUUCCCACCGAGACGAAUGCUCUGCUGCUCACUGCUCUCCGCCAACUCGGAGCAUCUGUUACAGAUGUGACUGUCACUGCAUACUGGAUGCAAGCUCUCGCUGAAGCUCACGUGUGCUUGACUGCAAAGGAUUCGAAGAAAUCCGUUCAACAGGCCUUCCAGACGCUUCCACUUUUCGUCAAGAUCUUCGAAGCUGGAAAUGAGCAACUCGCGCAGGUCACCUAUCAAUCGUUGACUCGUGUCAUUGAGAAUAGUAUUCAAGAUGAUGCGGCGUGCGGCAAAUUCUUGCUCUCACAGCUCCACGUGGCGAUGACAAUGAAGUCGGCGUCAGUCUGGAAAUUUAUUCUUCGAGCACAGAUGAAGCUCUACGAGACGUGUGGAGAAGGUCUACAGGGUGCGGAGCUCACCAAGGUUAUGGAGGAUCUCGCGAGGCUCCGGCAAUCGGAUGAUUGCUUCUGCAAGACUGAACUCGACUUUACAAUCGGAGCCGCCGUCCGUCACAUUGGUGUCGCCCAUGUCAUGAACAUUCUCUCGCUGGAAGUGGAUCCAGACGCAGCAAUUCUCUCAACAGACUUCACACGUUCAUGGCUUCUCCCUGUGCUCCGAGUCAACAUCCACAAUGCUCCGAUCUCGCUCUUCAUCUCACACUUCCUUCCGAUCGCCAUGAAGAUCCAUCGACGUCUUCCAACACUUCAGGCGCCGCAGGUUCAACGCCUGUACAGCACAUUCCAGUUCCAGCUCUGGGAGUUGCUCCCCUCGUUCUGCGAAUCUCCAUCCGAUCUUGAGACUGCGUUCCCCGACAUUGCACCGAUUCUCGGAGCCGCGUUGAACGAGCGGAAGGAUCUUCGAAUGACGGUGCUGAAUGCGAUUCGUCGGGCUCUUCGCUUCUGCCUGGAGCCUGAUGCUCCUGCAGAGCGGGUGGAGGUUAUGAGCCGAUACGCGAAGAAUUUCAUGCCAAUCUUCUUCAAUAUGUACACUGGAUCAGUUGUGGAUGGAGGAUAUGAUGAUAAGGGUGUCCGGCUUUCCGUUCUUGAAGCUAUACGGCUUUACACAGAAGUUACUCCAGCCGAUCUGGUCACCCGUUAUGUCGAUAGUGCGAUCGCCAAGUCCAAGGAUCAUGACGAAUCGGUAGCAUCACAAAAGCAAGCCAGAGUCCUGGAUAUUCUGUGUGCGCUGGCUAAAGUUGCUGAAAAUGAGAAUGUCUCAAAGAUUCUGGACACAAUUAUGCCUUGGUUCAACUCCAGCGAUACCAAUGGUGUACAGAAGAAGGCUUUUAGAAUUUUGGAGGAAGUUAUUCAAAGAAGAUCCCAUCCAGAAAUUGAGCAUCUUCUCGAUACUCGAAAUGACUACGUCGAGAAUGCGCUGUUCAAGCCGAUUGAAUCGAUCAGUUUCCCGGCUAGAGCUUCUUAUUGUUCCUGCGUGCAUAUGCUCUACGACGGCUGCAAUACGAUGAAAGAAGUCACCGAUCUCACCGAGAAGCUCAUCCGUAACAUCAUACUGCUUCUCGACAAGGAUAACAAUGUGCACACCCGACAGAACUCGAGCAAGUGCAUUCAAUUCAUUUGUAGUAAGAUCUUGGAUCUCGUCGACGAUCCCACAAUCGACACACCAUCCGCUGCUCUGGAGCCGGUGCUUUCGAAGCUCUACGAGCUCACCACAAUCUCUGCCGAGCAAAAAACCACUGGAGACAUUCCGUUGCAUGUUGCUCGGUCUUGCCUCGUCGCAGCGAAUAUUAUCGCUCAGAAGCAGGUUAAAAUCCUCAACACGAUCGCCACGUCGAAGAUGAUCUCGUUCGCGUGCUCCUGGAUCGGAGAAGGACGUGCCGCUGUUCGAAUUCUCGCGAUUCGUCUGAUGCGUGUCCUGUGCCAGAAGAUCCCUGAAGUGAUGCUCCAACAAUUCCGUGAGCAGAUCCUGACUACAGUCUUCGAAGGGCAGCUCACCAGUGAUCUGACGAUCAAAGUUCGGAAAGCCAACCGGCUGCUUCUGGAAGUUCUCGUCGAGAAGUUCGGAGUUAAUGUGCUCCAGAAGUACACGGAGAAGCCAGAUUGGCUGAAGCAGAUGAAGAAUAUCGAGAAGAUCAGAAAGCGAAAGGUUCGGAAGGCUGGGGAGGCUGAGAUGGAGCACGAUGAUGAGGAUGGUGCAAGUGCGAUCAGUGGAUCGAAUGUUUCUGGAAGAACUGCUGGAGCUGACACAAUUCUCGAACUUUUGGAAGAUUCGGAUGCCGACAAUGAGAGUGACUCUGAGGAGCAGCUGAUGAAGAAGUCUCGAGUCGGAAGUGUCUGGUUGAAGAAUGAAUCCGAUGGAGAUGUCCCCAUGGAUCUUCUCGAUUCUUCUAGAAUGAUGGAUCAGAUCACCACGAUGAAUCCGGCGAUUCUUGAGAAGAGAAAGAAGAAGGCGUUGGAGAGACGGCAGAAGGUUGAAGCUGGAUUCCAGUUCUCCAAGGAUGGAAAGAUGAUUGUGCUUGGAGAUGAUGAGGAGGAUGAGGAUAAGAAGCAGAUCGGGAAGAGAAAGAUGCGAAGUGGAUAUGAUGGUCUGGGAGAUGAUGAUGAGGAUGAUGAGGAUGGUCCGACGAAGGGGAAGAAGCGGGUUAAGGAGAAUAGUGAUUCGGAAGAUGAGAUUCUUUCCGAUGAUGAUGAUGAUGAUGAUGAGAAGGAUGCCAAGACUUUUGUCAGCAGAGCAGCUCCGUCGUAUGGUGGAAAGGGUAUCUAUAGAGAUACAUCCGGAAAAUCACAAGUUGGAAGCUCCGUGGGAGCCAAGCGUCAGCAGAAGCAAAAGCCCAACAAGCCGAAGCAACAGCAGAAGAGUGUUCAGCCGUACGCCUACGUUCCACUACGCAAUAAGACCGCCAAGCAGGAUGUUCGUCAAAUUUUGAAGGCGAAGAGAAAGAGCGGCAAGGGAGGUGGCAAGAAGGUCACUUUUUAACGGAUGAAUAAUAAUAAUUUUUGAAGUUUUUUUUUGAACAAGAAAAAGAUCGGAAUGUUUUUUUUUUAAUUGUUAGUUGUUUUUUUUUGUUUUUUUUGUUCUCAUAAUAUAUCCUGUUUUUUCUGUUUUGUUUUGUUUCCUUUUUUGUCGUCCAAAUAAACUCCAAAUGCUCU